UUUAAGAUUGCCCGGGCCCUGAAUCGGAGUCCGCUGGAAAAUCUGACUCAUGCGAAGGAUGCCCAAACCAAGAAGCUUGUGCUUCCGCUCCCAAAGGCCCCGACCCAGAUGGCUGGACUCUCGAUUAAGGAGAGUGAGGAGGCUCUUUUCUCUGGAAAAGGGAAGAAGAGGCCUCAAUGUCGAUCAUAAGAAGAAGCAGCAGCAGCAAGGCCACCCCUCACCUCCUCCAUGAGGAUGAUCCACUGGAUUCAUUGCAACACCAUGAAGGCACGAACAAUGGGGCGCCUACCUAACAAGAGACUUGGUUGCAAUAGCAGAGAGGAUGGCUUCUGUGAAACACAAGAUACUGGUUUUAUCCGGUAAGGGCGGGGUUGGCAAGAGCACAUUCUCAGCCCAACUCUCUUUUGCGUUAGCUGGAAUGGAUUACCAGGUUGGCCUUCUCGACAUUGACAUCUGUGGACCCAGCAUUCCAAAGAUGCUUGGCCUAGAAGGCCAAGAUAUUCACCAAAGUAAUCUUGGGUGGUCACCUGUCUACGUCGAGUCCAACCUUGGAGUUAUGUCCAUCGGGUUCAUGCUUCCAGACCCAGAUGAAGCUGUCAUUUGGAGGGGGCCUCGCAAGAAUGGAAUCAUCAAGCAGUUCUUAAAGGACGUGUACUGGGGCGAGCUCGACUACCUUGUGGUUGAUGCACCCCCUGGGACGUCUGAUGAGCACAUAUCCAUAGUCCAGUUUCUACAGGCGUCCGGCAUCGAUGGUGCGAUCAUUGUUACCACCCCACAGCAAGUGUCUCUGAUUGAUGUGCGCAAGGAGGUCAAUUUUUGCAAAAAGGUUGGAAUUCCAGUUUUAGGUGUUGUUGAGAACAUGAGUGGGUUGCGGCUGCCCAUUGCUGAUUUCAAGUUCAUGAAGGUGACGGAGACCGGAGAUGAAACAGAUGCUACGGUGUGGGCCUUGAACUAUAUAAAAGCCAACGCACCGGAGCUGCUAUCUGUUGUCGCUUGUAGCGAAGUGUUUGAUAGUAGUGGAGGUGGGGCCAUGAAGAUGUGUAUGGAAAUGUGCGUCCCAUUUCUUGGCAAGGUGCCGAUGGACCCGCAGCUGGGCAAGGCAGCAGAGGAAGGUAGGUCAUGCUUUGUCGACCAGAAAUGCAGUGCUAGCGCGCCUGCUCUACGGAGAAUCGUAGAGAAACUGGCAACUGCUCAACAGUCUCAAGAACCUCAAUAGAUGCAUAUGCAAUUCGGUCACCUUCCUACAGAACAAGUGAGUUCAUUUCCUUUUUUUUUGUAAUAUACACCCCUUUGUUUGUUCACAAGUUCGUUUUAAUUUUAUUGCUUGUAUACAGAUGAUAAAUGUGUAAGCUCUUUUGUGACUUUGAUGCCUCUCUAAAUCUUACCCUCACGAAUACUGUUACUAUGGACAA